GCGUAGUCACAGCUCGUCUGUCGGCUCUCAGCACAAGCUAACCUUGUCGCGGAUAAACUGCGCGAAAGUGCCCCGCUGAUCGCUUGUGAGCCGCGGAGCAGGACGGAUUAUCAUCGCAGCAUUCAGGCUCGGACAGAGUGAGGAUGUCCAACGACCUGGCCGGUGUGUGGGAGGUGGCUCUGAGCGACGGCGUCCACCGGAUCGAGUUUGAACACGGCACGACCACGGGGAAGAGGGUCAUCUACGUGGAUGGCAAAGAGGUCCUCAGACGAGACUGGAUGUUCAAACUGGUGGGGAAGGAGACGUUCACGGUGGGCGGCGCGGACACCAAGGCCACCAUCAACAUCGACGCGGUCAGCGGCUUCGCCUACGAGUACACCCUGGAGAUCAAUGGCAAGAGCCUGAAGAAGUACAUGGAGAACAGGUCAAAGGUCACCAGCACCUGGGUGUUGAACCUGGACGGUACUGACUGCAGAGUGGUCCUGGAGAAAGACACGAUGGACGUGUGGUGUAACGGAGAGAAGAUCGAGACUGCAGGGGAGUUUGUGGACGACGGCACGGAGACACAUUUCACGCUCGGGGAUCACAACUGCUGCGUGAAAGCUGUGAGCAGCGGGAAGCGGCGAGACGGGAUCAUCCACACGCUGCUGGUGGACGGCACCGAGAUCGCAGAGUGUGUGGAGUGACUGCAGCCGGGGGUUUGUGUUCUGGCGGAGCCGGUUCCCAUGGCCACACAGUGCAGAAUAUAUCAGCCACAACGACGGGGAACGCUGACUGUGUGUCCGUGCAGCUGCUGAAGAAGCGUGGGCAGAUCAGGGUUUUCUGAAAAUGUCCACGCGAGAGAGAGAGAAAAAAAAAAACAACAACCUGAAAACCUUUUUAAUAUUUGAUCAGUGAGCUGGUACUUUAUACUGAUCUGAAUGGGACCAAUCUCAGUCGCCGUCAUCAGCAUUUAAAGUUUACAUGAACAAGUACAGAGUCAAAUGUGUUUAGGACAAAAAUCCCCCUCAUUACAAAUAACAAAUCACAAACUCACAGUAAAGCGUUCGUGCAGUUUUACUGUCUCUCAUUUU